AGAUGAGGAAAACCCGGUAGAAGAAACGAAACCGGAAGAGAAAGUACUGGUAGAAGAAACCGAACCUGAUACAGCAGAUAGUUUGACAUGUGGUACGUGUAAAACAACUUAUACAUCAAUACAAUCGUUUAUGCAGCACAAAAUGACGCACAAGCCAAAGCAAAAAGAAGUCGUGGUAAUAAAAAUAACAAUUGAGGGUCUGCCAGAUGAUCUAGUUAAAAAAUGUAUUGAAUUGCGCAUACCAAAGGGGAUUUCCUUAAAAGAUGCAAAGAUACUUGAUGAAGCUUGGGGUAGUCUGAUUAUUUGGACACAAAUGUCAACUGCAGCCUUCAAAUCAAAGGACGUGUUCUUCACAGCUAUAGAAAAGAUAUUAAAAGAAAUAUUCAGCAAAUCACCUGUGGAUAUAAAUAGAGCUGCAGAUGUAACACUAGAUAUAGCGAUUGAGGACGAUGACUACGAAAAUGACGAGGAUGACAUUUUUCGGUGUGGUGUAUGCUCUAAAGAAUUCUGUGUGCUUGAAGCAUUUCAAAGACACAAACUACGCAUUUGUAGACAACGAACUACUGUUUCGGGUAAAAAAAAUACGGCAUAAAUACAUGAAAUGCGUGGAAUGCGCCAUGAGUUUCACCUUCCUUUACAUAGACUGUAUUC